GUUCCAGAACCCAUUUGCUACCGGUGUGGAUAUCCUUGGUCGGGGCACGCUGAAAACUUGGGGCCCUACAACAAGUGGUGCCUGAGACGUUGGGCAGCUGGUGUCGUCGUUCUGUUUACAGAUUCAGUGACCGGCGAUCCUUUUUUCCUUUUCGGCAAGGAAAAGCGCUUGGAUGGAGGCUACAACGCUUUCUGGGGGUUCGGCGAGCUUCACGAGAAGGACCCGCAUCAGACCGCGGCGCGGGAAGCCUGUGAAGAGGCCUUAGGCAUGUUGGGCAAUCAGCAGGAGAUCCUUGCAUCUAUUGAGGGGCAGGAGAGUGCUGAUGCCGAAGUGUUCUUGUUUCUGCUGAGCAUUGGCGCUCAGCAGGUUGCAGCGCUUGUGGAUCGGUACCACGAGAGGCGGCAACUGUGGAUCUCAGCUGCUGAGAGUCCGGUCCUGCUAGUGGAUUCGGGCCUGCUCACGCAACCUGGACUGCGGCCAGGAGGCGACAUCAUGGACGCGCUGUUUGCAGUUCCUGCCCAGGAAUUCCUUGCUGCGUGCUGGCAGCUGCAGGAUCGGCGCGGCAAGGGAGGUGCAGCUGUUUCACUGCACUCGAUGAACGGCGGUGUCUUCAUGCCCAAAGUCGAAGCCAAGGGCUCCAAGAAGGGUGCCUCUGCUUCAGGAGGUCUGCGACCGAGACCCCCAGCAGUUUGCCUGGCAAAGCUGUUAGCCAGGCCCCAGACCGACACCGCAGUGAAGCUGCAGCGCUUCUGCUCGAAAGGACUGGUGCUCCCCCCUCACGUCCCGAAAGCCGCUUGUGUGCCGGGAAUUACACGCGACGGGCUUCCAGAUGGGUCCAUGCUGGCGGUGCAGGCUAUCUUUUCCGCAACCUGGACUGGUCCGCGCGGAACUGGUUUGGCCUGCACGGCCGAAUCUCUCGCAGAUGCUUGUGCUACUUUUCUCAGACGCCUUGAACCACCAGACGUAAAGUUGUAUUUCGCUGCCUGGAUAGAACGUGCUAUGGACUCGCCUCAGCAGGCGAAGCUUGCUGCAAGCCACAUUGCAAGAUUGGUCCAACGUGUCCCCGUGGUUCCGCUUUUGCAGGAGCAGGUCACCCAGACAAUUGGAGAUGCAUGCCAGCGUGUAGAUGCGGCGCUAUCUGCAAGAGGUGAUGUCUCUGGUGCAGACCAUGGCAAGAUUGACCAUGAGAGCUUGACGUCCUGCUAUCAACUUUUAUCAGGAGAAGGCGAGACAACACGUCGAAUCGACUGCGUCUCGGCACAGGCUGGCUUGGCCGGCUUGGUUGCCUUUGGGCAUCCUUUGGUUGCGAUCGGAAGUGGAGAUGUGGAAGUGCAGAAGGAGGUGCCCAGCAACGAAAAGCCUCGCAUGAUCGCCUACGAGGUCAGUGCGGCGGAAGACUUCGCCGAUGCCUUAAAUGAGGCAGCCGGCGAAGCAGCCAUGGCCGGCUUUACCAACGAGCAGAUGAUGAGCUUAAGCCAGAUGCUACAUGCAGCGGACUGCACCUUAAAUGCUGAAGGGAUCCGCGGGAUCCAGUAUCUGGAAAUCGACGGGUUAUAUCCUGCAAUGCUGAUACCUGUCGACGACGCGCGGCUCCUGGCAUCGAACUCCUUACCUUUCCCAGAAGCCACGCCGUUCGGCGUAGAGCCGCGGGAACGGGCGGAGAAUCCGCCGGCGAUCCACAGCUAUACGUUCGUGCAUCCACGGACUAUCAGAGCGCCGCGGAGAUCAUUCGUGAAGGGCGGCUGCGACCGACAUCGGUGCCGCCAUCAUCGCAGGAGCCGGCUUGCGUCCUCUACGGGGCCAGCACCCCGGGACCACCUUCGGAUUACACCCUCCAGGUCUGCGUGUCCCAGCUUCUGA